AUGGCAGAAGAAGAUUUCGAAAUCGAUAUCUACGGCGACGCAAGUAACGAACAGCAGCAGGACGGUCAGCAAAACGAUGGCAGUAACCAAGACUAUCACCAAGAGGAUGAUCGACGGGACAGUCAUGAUGACCAAAAUAUGGACGAGCACCAUGCCCAGGACAAUCAUGCGCGCGAGAACUAUGACUCCAACCACCAAGUAUCCGGAUCCCAGCAAGGGACCAAGCGAAAACAAGAGGAGGAUGGUCGACCAGUUGAUCAAGCAGCAACAACAUCACUCAUGAUCUCAGAACUGAACUGGUGGAACACGGACGACGAUAUCAGAGGCUGGGCUCGGGACGCUGGUUGCGAGGAUGAGAUUAAAGACAUUACUUUCAGCGAACACAAGGUUAAUGGCAAAAGCAAAGGACAAGCUUACAUUGAAUUCUACUCUCCCCAAGCGUCGACAGCUACCAAGCACCGUAUCGAACAGAUUCUUGCUGAAAGCCAAGGUGCUCAGAAAAAGGUCACGUUGGCCUACUGGAAUCCCAACAUCAACCCCUUCAAAACCCUUCCCAAGGACGCUCCCACUAGAGGCAAGGACCAAAGCCGUGCUCCUUCUACUUAUAAUGAUCGUGGCAACAACAACAUGGGCGGCAACUUUGGUGGUUCUGGAGGCGGCUUUCGAGGAGGUAGGGGCGGUUACAACCGUGGUGGCAUGAACCAGGGUGGCUACAACCGUAACUUCAACAACAACAUGGGUGGAUUCAACAACAACAUGGGAGGCGGAUACAACGGAUCUAUGGGAGGUGGUGGUAACUUUGGCUUCAACAACCGCGGCGGAAUGAUGGGGGGUGGCAUGCGAGGGGGUCCUGGUGGUAUGCGAGGUGGUCGAGGAGGCGGCAUGAUGAACAUGAACCCGAUGGGUGGGAUGCCUAUGGGUAUGCCCGGCAACAUGGGUAUGGGCAUGAUGGCUCCCAAUGGUAUGCCCGGCUUUCAAGGUAUGCCUCACAGCUUCAACCCGGGCUUUGGCUUCAACCAGAACCAGGGUGGCGGUGGCGAUUGGGGGAACCCCCAUGGAGCCAAGAGACCUAGGGGUGAAUAA